AUGGAUGGUUGGUGGAAGCUAAAUUGUGAUGGCUCAUCCUUGGGUAAUCUAGGGAAUGCUGGAGCAAGUGGCUUUGUAAGGGACAGCAAUUACCAGAUUGUAUCAAUUUAUAGCUCCUUUUUAGGAAUUGCUUUGAGCUUCCAAGCUGAAUUUCAGGCUUUAAUUGAAAGAAUUGAGAGAGCAAGAGAGAUGAAUUUUGAAUCGCUGUGGAUCGAAUGUGAUUCAGGUGCGGUGGUGCUCAUGGUUCAAAGGGGUUUGGUUCCAUGGUUUGUUUGGCAAAGGAGGUCUUCCCUUAUUUCAUAUCUCAGAGGUAUAAGCUGGAAAAUCACUCAUUGCUAUAGGGAGGCAAAUCCUAUAGUAGACAUUCUAGCGCAGAAGGUAGCUAAGAAGGAAGCGUCUUCAUCAAAUGUUGCAUGGCCUCCCAAAGUGCUUGAGUUUUUGGCUGAGGAUGCGAUGGGCAGGUUGCGUUUCAGAUUUUAUUAG